CUCCGAGAUCCGUUCAAGAAUCGGCGGGGGGCUCGAAAGGGUUCGGGAAGGUUGCCCGUGCCGACGCGGAUCUGCGUGGAGCCAAACAAGAGGGAGCCCCCGGAAUUGGGGUGGUUUGGCCGGGGAGGCGCCGGAAAGCGAGGGCUUUGGAUUCCCGAACUCGGCUCCGCGAGCCACUUAGCGAUGGUGGCGGCGAUUCGGCGCUAGCAGAUGCCGGCCUGUAGCGCGGUGGUAGCCAUGGAGCCCUCGUCGUCCAUCACUAUCGCGUCGUCGUCGUCGUACCUCUCCAACGGCACCAGCCCGUGCACCGCCGCCCUGGCGCCGCCGGGGGCGGUGGCGGCACCGCUCCCCGCCGGGGAGGGGUGCGGUGGAGGGGGGAGCAGCAGCGCUGAGGUGGUGGGCCUGUAUCGGCUGAGCGCCAACCUCGAGCGGCUCCUCCUCCUCGAUUCCGACCUCGACUGCAGCGACGCCGACGUCGACGUGGCCGACGGUGGGCCGCCCGUCCCCGUCCACCGCUGCAUCCUCGCCGCGCGGAGCACCUUCUUCUACAACCUCUUCGCGGCACGCGGACGUGGCGGUCGCGGCGAUGGGGCCGCCGGCGCCGGUGGCGGUGGAGGAGGGGAGAGGAGUGGGAGGCCGCUGUACAAGAUGGAGGAGCUCGUCCCGGUAGGCCGCGUGGGGCGCGACGCCUUCCUGUCGCUGCUGGGGUACCUGUACACGGGCAAGCUCCAGCCGGCGCCGGUCGACGUGGUGUCCUGUGCCGACCCCGUGUGCCCGCACGACUCGUGCCCGCCGGCGAUCAGGUCCGUCGUCGAGCUCAUGUACGCGGCAUGGACAUUCAAGAUCCCCGAGCUCAUCUCGAUGUUCCAGCGACGCCUUCUUAACUUCGUCGAUAAGACUAUGGUAGAAGAUGUUCUUCCAAUUCUACUAGUUGCUUUCCAUUCAGAGCUGACUCCGGUGCUUGAAAGAUGUGUUCGGAGGAUUGCAAGAUCAGAUCUUGAUAAUAUAUCGUUGGAUAAGGAGCUUCCUCCAGAAGUUUCUGUUCAGAUUAAAGAGACCCGCCAAAAGUCUCAGACAAAUGAGGGUGACACUGUCAUUUCAGAUCCUGUACAUGAGAAAAGGGUCAGAAGAAUCCACAGGGCACUGGAUUCUGAUGAUGUUGAGCUUGUGAAGUUGCUUCUUAAUGAGUCUGAGAUCACCUUGGAUGAUGCCAAUGCACUGCACUAUGCGGCUGCUUACUGUGAUUCAAAAGUUGUUACAGAGUUGUUAGACUUGGGACUUGCCAACUUGAACCUGAAGAAUUCCCGUGGAUACACAGCACUACAUCUGGCCGCUAUGAGGAGAGAGCCAGCUAUUAUCAUGUGUCUCCUAAACAAAGGAGCGGCUGUAUCACAAUUGACAGCUGAUGGCCAGAGUGCAAUUAGUAUCUGCCGGAGGUUAACAAGGUUGAAGGACUACAAUACAAAGAUGGAACAGGGCCAAGAGUCAAACAAAGACAGGUUGUGUAUUGAUAUGUUAGAGAGGGAGAUGAUAAGAAAUCCUAUGGCGGUGGAAGAUUCUGUCACCUCACCUUUAUUGGCUGAUGACCUUCACAUGAAGCUUCUCUACCUUGAAAACAGAGUUUCAUUUGCAAGAUUGUUUUUUCCUGUGGAAGCGAAGGUUGCAAUGCAAAUUGCACAAGCAGAUACAACAACAGAAUUUGGCGGUAUUGCUGCAGCUAGCACUUCUGGAAAAUUAAAAGAAGUUGAUCUGAACGAGACACCAGUAACACAAAACAAAAGGCUCCGUUCAAGGGUGGAUGCACUCAUGAAAACAGUUGAGUUGGGACGUCGCUACUUCCCAAACUGCUCUCAGGUGCUCGACAAAUUUCUGGAGGAGGAUUUGCCCGAUAGUCCUGAUGCACUCUACCUCCAAAAUGGCACUUCUGGUGAGCAAAAUGUUAAAAGGAUGCGGUUCUGUGAGCUGAAGGAGGAUGUGCGCAAGGCGUUCAGCAUAGAUAGAGCUGACAAUAGCAUGCUUUCUAUCUUGUCGUCUUCAUCAUCAUCUUCACCGCCCCUGACGGUUUCAAAGAAAUGACAAGUUUUGUAAAACAUUUUCCAUUCUAAGACGUUACUGGCACAAGAGAUAUCGAUCGAUAGACCUGUAUAGUCUUACAGUGGUAUGACAAUUAGAUAUCGAAGCUCCUCCAAAUAUUAGAAGGUACUGUUCUGGACUGGAAUCAGCUAGUUUAUGGUAUCCAUGCGGUGAAACUGGGAACUAGCUGAUUAGAGGCUCCAAAGUAGUGUCUCUCGUGAAUAUGCUUGUAGCAUGCUGUCUUGUUCCGGGACGGCUGUAAUGAUAAUAAUAUUUUCAAUAGAUAUAGCUCAUUUUCUCUCAAGUAUACUGCCACUAUUGAGAGUGUAGAGGAUGCAAGUUUUGUAAGAAAAAGAUGGCGUUGCUUAUAGCCAUCACCACAUGUAUCUGGGCAUACUUUUGGUCUUGGUAAUUGCAAGUAUGAUGAUGGGAAACA